AUGGUUCCAAGGAAUGAUACACCAGUUUCAGGGUUUUGUCUUCUGGGAUUUUCAGAGGACCCAGAAUUACAACGCAUCCUUUUUGGGCUCUUCCUCUCCAUGCUCCUGAUCACUGUGUUUGGGAACCUGCUCAUCAUUCUGGCCACAAUCUCAGACUCCCAGCUGCACUUCUUCCUCUCCAACCUGUCCUUUGUAAACAUUUGUUUUGUGUGUACCACUGUCCGAAAGAUGCUUGUGAAUGUGCAGACACAGAGCAAAGUCAUAUCCUACACAGGCUGCAUCACCCAGAUGUACUUUUUGACACUCUUUGCAAGGUUGGAUAUCUUUUUGCUGACCAUGAUGGCCUAUGACUGCUUUGUGGCCAUCUGUCACCUACUGCAGUACACGGUCAUCAUGAACCCCAGGGUCUGUAGGCUACUAGUUCUGCUGUCCUGGAUCCUGUGUGUCCUGAAUUCCUUGUUACAAAGCUUAAUGGUGUUCCCCCUGACCUUCUGUGCAGAGUUGGAAAUCCCCCACUUUUUCUGUGAAAUUAAUCAGGUGGUCCACCUUGCCUGCUCUGACCCCUUCUUUAAUGGCGUGAUAUUUCUGGCAUCUGUGGUGCUGGGUGGUGGCACCCUCACUGGUAUCCUUUACUCUUACUCUAGAAUAGUUUACUCCAUACGUGCAAUCUCCUCAGACCAGGGGAAGAAUAAAGCAUUUUCCAGCUGUGCAUCUUACCUCUCGGUUGUCUCAUUAUAUUUUACAUGCCUAGGGGUGUACCUCGGCUCUGCUGCUACACACAACUCACACUCCAGCGCAACAGCCUCGGUGAUGUACACUGUGGUCACUCCCAUGCUGAACCCCUGCAUGUACAGCCUGAGGAAUAAUGAUAUAAAGAGGGCUCUGAGAAGCUUCCAUGUGAAGGGGAUUAUUAAAGCAUAA